AUGCAAAUCAGACUGAGAGAUAUGUUCAAAAAUACGUUUCAAAGUGGUUUCCUGUCGAUUCUCUACAGUAUCGGUAGUAAGCCAUUGCAAAUCUGGGACAAAAAGGUGCGAAAUGGACAUAUCAAACGAAUCACAGAUAAUGAAAUUCAAUCCCUUGUCCUGGAAAUAGUCGGUACUAAUGUAAGCACAACAUACAUCACAUGUCCAGCUGAUCCGAAGAAAACGCUCGGCAUCAAACUUCCGUUUCUUGUGAUGAUUAUCAAAAAUUUAAAGAAGUAUUUUACGUUCGAAGUUCAAGUUCUCGAUGAUCGCAAUGUUCGUCGACGUUUUCGUGCCAGUAACUAUCAAUCGACGACACGUGUCAAACCGUUUAUUUGUACAAUGCCUAUGCGUUUGGAUGACGGAUGGAAUCAAAUUCAAUUUAACUUAUCUGAUUUUACACGACGUGCCUACGGUACGAAUUACAUCGAAACGCUAAGAGUUCAAAUUCAUGCGAAUUGUCGAAUUCGACGUGUUUACUUUUCUGAUCGACUCUAUUCGGAAGAUGAAUUGCCGCCGGAAUUUAAAUUAUAUUUACCGGUUCAAAAGAAAUAA